AAGAAAAGGAAAAACAAUCAGAGUUGGCCUUAUUAGCUCAGCAUCUCCACUUUUUUUCUCUCUCUGUCAACACCGCUUUAUCGAAAAAAGGAGUCACCUUUGCGUUUUCUACUUUCAUCGGAAAUGGCGGAUUGGGCUACGGUUCUUGUCGGAGUCGUGUUGUUCGUGAUGCUCUCUCCAGGACUCCUCUUCUCAUUGCCGGGACAUCACCGGACGCUAGAUCUCGGCGGCAUGAAGACCAACGGCAAAGCAAUCGCCGUUCACACACUCAUCUUCUUCGCUGCUUACACGAUCUUGAUCCUCGCUGUCAAUCUCCACAUCACCACCGGCUGAUUUAGAGCUUUUAUUGGGGGAGUUUCCGGUUAAAUGAAGGUAACCCUUCAUUGAAUCUGGGGGGUUACAGGAAUCUUCUUAGAUUUGGAUAUCUGUUUAGUUUCACUUUUACGUAAUCUGUUUUAUAGUCUGAUACUUGUUCCAGACCGAACAUUAACUUGUUGUGUUGUUCAUGUUCAUUGUGUUUUACUGAAAGUGUAUUAAAGAAUCAGACAUUAAUGAAAAAAAAUUGU